AGCCCGUCGCGGGCCGCACUGCUGACCGGCCGGUACCAGACCCGCUCCGGCGUCUACCCCGGCGUCUUCUACCCGGGCUCGCAGGGCGGGCUGCCGCUGGCCGAGGUCACGCUCGCCGAGCUGCUGAAGGCGCGGGGCUAUGCCACGGCCAUGGUGGGCAAGUGGCACCUGGGCCUGGGGGCCAACGGCUCCUUCCUGCCCAUGCACCAGGGCUUCGACCACUUCCUGGGGGUGCCCUACUCCCACGACCAGGGCCCCUGCCAGAACCUCACCUGCUUCCCGCCCCACACCGAGUGCUUCGGGGCCUGCGACCAGGGCGUGGUGCCUGUCCCGCUGCUCCUCAACCGCAGCAUCGUGCAGCAGCCCGUUGCCUUCCCCAAGCUGGAGCCGCACUACACCAAGUUCGCCCGGGACUUCAUCGCCGACUGUGCCCGCCGCGGCCGCCCCUUCCUGCUCUACUACGCCUCCCACCACACCCACUACCCCCAGUUCGCGAGCCAGGGCUACACGGGCCGGUCACGGCGGGGGCCCUUCGGAGAUGCCCUCCUGGAGCUAGACGGGGCAGUGGGGAGCCUGCUGCAGGCGCUGCAGGACCACGGCCUGGACGGCCACACGCUCGUCUUCUUCACCUCCGACAACGGCCCCGAGACGAUGCGCAUGGCGCGCGGGGGCAGCUCUGGCCUCCUGAAGUGCGGGAAGGGCACGACGUAUGAGGGCGGCAUGCGCGAGCCCGCCGUGGCCUAUUGGCCGGGCCGCAUCUCGCCGGGCGUGACCCACGAGCUGGCCAGCACCCUGGACAUCCUGCCCACCAUGGCUGCCCUGGCCGGGGCUCCACUCCCCAACAUCGAGCUGGACGGCUAUGACCUGACCCCAGUGCUCUUCGGACAAGGACCGAGCCCCCGGAAGACGGUGUUUUACUACCCGUCGGCCCCCAGCAAGCUGCUGGGCGUCUUCGCCGUCAGGCAGGGGAGGUACAAGGCCCAUUUCUUCACCCAAGGCGCCUUCCACAGCGACACGACCCCUGACGUGGCCUGCCACGGGCUGACGCCGCUGACGGCCCACAAGCCCCCACUGCUCUUUGACCUGGAGUCGGACCCGGCAGAGAACUACGACCUGCUGCAGAGCAGCACGGCCCCGAGCCCCGUGGUGCUGCAGGCGCUGAAGGAGAUCCAGAUGCAGAAGAUGCUGUUUGACAAGCGCAUGGUGUUCGCGGACAGCCAGAUGAGGAAGGGCUACGACCCCGCCCUGGAGCCCUGCUGCGUCCCUGCCUGCACCCCCAAGCCCUCCUGCUGCCGCUGCCCCUAGCCUGGCCGUCGCCACGGCCCCGCUGUCAUCCCUGCUGCAACCCGCGGCUGCCAGCACAGCCUGACUAACCCCCCAGGGCUUUGCGGCCCCUUGGGGCUCCUGGCCGAGCUCCUGGUGGUGCUGGCUAGUUGCCGAGCCGUGAGCCACAGGGCUCCCAGCGCUGGAGGACCCACAGUGCUCAUGUUUAUUACUAACGCUGGACGUCCGUCCGCCCUUCGUGGGGA